CAUAAAAUAGUCCAGGACAAAUUAGAAAAAGAACAACUCAAAGAACGAGAAGAGAACGUAGUCAAUGCUAUAAAAAAAACAUUUGAAUUAAUACCAAAAGAUAUAACAGAAGAGAAUAAACAAUUAAUAAUAGAACUAUCGACAUCAUUGUUAAAACGAGCGCAUAUGCUAACAGUUACUAUACUUGGUACGCAAAUUAUUACGAUAGGGAAACUUUUAACGAAACAUAGGAAUGAUACCAAUAGCACGUUAGUUAUGAGUGCAAGAACGUUCUUAAGAAUGGCGUUUCUCACAUUCGCGAGACAUGGACUGUUUGUUUUGAUUUUUAAGGAUCAAGCAGUUGCAAGUGAUGACACUGAAGAACUUGACAUGUUUAAGGUUCUUCAAGAUGUAAUUCGAGAUGAGCAAAUAACAUCUGAAGAAGCAUCUGGACCUAUUUACUUGCGAGAUGAACCUAUUCGUGACGUUUUUAAUCAACUAUUCAAAUUUACGAAUAAAUCGGCUGUUUCAUCUGUUCUCCGUAGUUUGAAUAAAUAUGUGGAAUUGGUGCACUCUAAGUCAUUUGAUGAUAACUUAGUUAAUGAUUUGGGAGCGUUCUUAACAAAGCUAUCUAAACAUACAAGUGAAUGGAAGGCAACCGAUUGGGAUGUAAAUCCUAUACUUAAUAUUAUCUCUAUUAUCCUUAAACACAAUCCUAGUUCUAUAAAAGAUAUAAUGCCAUCUAUUAAAGGUUUUUUGAAGUAUGCAAUCAAUAAAUGUGCGGUAACGAUCGAAUCAUUUAUAAAACUAAUGGCCUCCUACAAGGCGGUAGUCGAAAUCAUUUCUCCUGAUGAUGUCAAGACUAAUGCCUUUGGAGAAGUCAUCCUUGAAGAACUUAAAACCGCCCUUCGUGGGGCCAGAAUAAGAAUGAGUAGAGAUACUUUGAUAAUUUUGUUGCAGCUUAUAUUAUGGGAUAUGCAGCCUUCAAAACAUAUAAUGUUUCAGGAAAUCGAACAAAGGUUUAGUGAUUCAAAAGUCACUCAUUCUUAUUUUUCAAAUGUUUCAGACAAUCUGUUCGAAGAUUGUGUAAACUUUUUGGAAAGCCCUCCUGCGACAAAACAAUAUUCAGAAGAAGAUUUUAAAGUUAGAGUGUAUAUAAGUCAAUUGGUAGUUUCCAUGUGUAAUCAAAAAGAUGAUUUGCUCGCAAAAAUAUCUGACAGAGGGCACAUCUUCGAAGAUAUUGCCCAUCA